AGAGAUCUGCGGGCGCAUGAUGGAGCUGUUGUUGGACGCAUCUGCGUCCCCCGCGUGCAGUGCCGCCCAGCUCGUGGCCGUCUACGCCGGCCUGGUGUCCAAGAACGUUGUCACCGUCUUGAAGCUGUCGCACAAUGCGCAGAAGCUCCUCAACCUGCCGAAGGUGAGUUUCACUCGGUCGGUGAGCACAUCACACACACUGCUGCAGCAGUGAUCUGUAUGUGUGUGUGUGUGUUUUGGCGCGAGAGGGAGGUCUCUGAUGUGUGCGUGUGUGUGUGUGUGUGAAUGUGUGUAUGUGUGUAUGUGUGCAGCUGCCUUGUCUGGUGAAUGGGAGCGGUUUGCUGACGCAGCCGGGGGCCAUUCUGAAGUGCCUGGCCGGCAGCAGCCAGUACACCAAGAUACUCGAGAAUGUCACGCCACUCGGCAAGGUGAGCUAGUUGAGUGGCGCGCGGCCUCUUCAUCCGGUCAUUGAUCGGAGUCGCUGCUUCAUUGCAUGUGUGUGUGUGUGUGUGUGUGUGGUGGGUGCAGGCAGAGAUCGACCAGUGGCUGUCAUUCCUUGCUCAGCGGGACUAUGCCGUCACUGAUGCAGCCGCCAUUAAGGUAUACACAACACACGAAAGACAGACGAACCUCGUCAGACAGUACUAACACCUCUCUCUCUCUCUCUCUCUCUUGUGUGCGUGUGUGGGUGUGUGUGUGGUGGAUGGGUGUAUCUGACAGACGCUGAAUGGCCAUUUGCAGACCCGAACGUUCAUGGCGGCAAACAACGUCACACUCGCAGACCUCGGCACCUACCCCGCUGUCCACCAGUGGAUGGUAUGGUGCACACACACAAUCACACAGGCGUACGUAUCUCUGCGGCAAUCAUCUGGAUGGAUGGAUGGAUGUGGUUCAUUCAGGUGGGUGCAAGUGCCGAGGAGCGCUUGGCGCACUGCAAUGUGACGCGGUGGUUCGACCACAUCCAGCACCUGCCCGGCAUCUCCAAGGCAGUCGGCCACCUCACCACUGUGGACAUCCACACCGACCCCGUAAGUCAGUCAGCCUUGUGUGUGCUGGACGGACAAGAAGCAAGGUGCUGUCUGUUGGUCCGUUUGUGUGUCCCUAAGGUGCCUGCUGCUGCUGCUGCUGGAUCGGCUAAUGGUAAUGCAGCUGCUGGUGGUGCGGACAAGAGCAAAGGCGCGAUGGUCAAUGGCGUGGCGGACCAGGCCAAAGCCAAGGUAGGUGAGCGCAUCUCAUCUGGCCCAUUCUCUCUCCUGUGUGCCACGCCAGCCAUGUGUCUGUGUGCGCGUGUGUGUGUGUGUGUGUUUGUUAAGGCCAAGAAGGCCGCCAAAGAGGAUAAGAAGAAGGAGAGGGCCGAGAAAAAAGCGGAAAACAGCAACAACAAAGGUAGGUAGCAAAUCGGUCUGUCUGUCCGUCCGUCGGUCCACCCACCUACCCACUACCUUGUGCUCCGUCCAUUAUGCUAUGCGCCUGCUGUGUCGGUGUCGGUGUCGGUGUGAUUUGAUUGUGUGUGACGUGACUGUGUGACCUCGUGACGUGACAGCUCCCGAGCGGCCGGUUGAGGACGUGACGCGACUCGAUGUGCGCGUUGGGCAGAUCACCAAAGUCUGGCAGCACCCUGAAGCAGACAAGUGAGCGCAGCGCACAGACCGACACACACACACAGGAAGGCAAUCCAAUCACGCCAAUCAAGCGUGUGCUGUGCACGAGUGUCGGUCGCUACGCCUGUGUGCUAGGCUUUACUGCGAGGAGAUUGACAUAGGCGAGGAGAAGCCGCGGCAGAUCGCAUCGGGGCUGGUGCCCUACGUGCCCAUCGAACAGAUGCAAGACGCAAUGGCACGCACAGCACAGCACAGCACAGCACACGGCACAACCACACACACACACACACACACAGAGAGAGAGAGAGAGAGGGAGGGAGAAUCCACUGUGUGUGUCUGUGUCUGUGUGUGCAGGUGGUUGUGCUGUGCAAUCUGAAGGCCAAGAACCUCAAGGGCUUCCCGUCACAUGGCAUGGUGAGCGUCUGUCUGUCGGCGGUGCUCCUCCCUCCCUGCUGUCUGCCGAUGACAGACACCUGUUUGUGUGUGCGCGCGUGCAGGUCUUGUGUGCGUCGUCUGCCGACAAGAGCAACACAGAGCUGAUCCGGCCGCCGCCAGAGGCAAAGGUGCGUCAGAGAGGAUGGCCGACACACACACACACAUCCUGCCCUCGUGUGUGUGUGUCUGUGUGUGUGUGCCUUGAUCAGAUCGGCGACCGCAUUGCGUGGGAGGGCCUUGAAGGCGAGCCUGACGAGGUGGGUCAUGCAUGGCUGGACACACUCGCAUGGCAUGGAUGCCAUGUCGUGGCUACACACAGGUCCUGAAUGACAAGAAGAAUCCCUUCAGCAAGGUGCAGCCCGACUUCCGCACCUCAACAGACAAAAUCGCUCUCUACAAGGCACGUUGGACACAACCAAUGCUAUACACCACACCACACCACACAGCGGUGUGGGCACAUUCCAUGUGUGUGUGUGCGCGCGCAGGACCAUCGCUUCAUGACGCCCUCGGGGCCUUGUUUCUGUGACAGCAUUGUGGGCGGCACCAUCAGCUGAGCUCAGCUGAGCUGAGUGUGUGGGCGUGUGUGUGUGUUUGCGUGCGUGUAAGACCGACCGGCAUCUGAACAAAUCCUGUGUGCCUGCCUGCCUGCCUGAAAUAUGAGUGAGA